UUCCCCAGGGUGUGGUUUUCCCAGCCAUGAAUGCCCUUCUUUCGGUCUGGAUCCCGCCUUCAGACAGAGCCAAGUUCUCCACCAUUGUCUUCGCUGGUCUCGACUUCGGCAAGAUGGUGGGCCUUCCCCUCACCGGCUGGCUCUGCGCCUCCGGGGCCUUCGGCGGCUGGCCUCUCGCGUUCUAUGUCUUCGGCGGCGUCGGUCUCCUCUGCGGCGCCCUCUGGCUCCUGCUGGUGAGCGACUGCCCGGAGGCGCACCCUCGGAUAUCGCAGGAGGAGAAGGACUACAUUGUGCGGCAUUGCGGCAACAAGAGCGGGAGGACCGGCCCUUUUCCUUGGAGGGCAAUGAUGACGUCACUGCCUGUUUGGUCGCUUAUAAUAGUACACGUCGGCCACAACUGGGGCGGUUACACACUCAUCACGCAGUUGCCCACCUACCUCAAGAACAUUUACCAUUUUGACAUAGAGAGUAACGGCCUGCUCUCAGCCCUACCGUACCUAACUAUGUGGGUCUUCAGCAUGGUAUACAGCAGUUUCAUGCACAAAAUAUCCCACAGGAUCUCCGUCCUCAGUGUCAGAAGGAUCUCGAUGGCCAUAGCCGCUUACGGGCCAAUGUUCGGACUGCUGACCCUGUGCGUUGCCGACCUCGACAGCAGCAUGGCAGUAGCAGUCUUAUGCGUUGCUGUUGGCAUCAGUGGCGCCAUGUACUCAGGCUACAUGUGUUCGCACCAAGACCUGGCACCGAAUUUCGCCGGGACGCUUUUCGGCAUUACCAACACGCUGGCUAAUAUCCCUGGCUUUGCUACGCCUCAGCUGACGGGCGCCAUAACGGAGGGGAAUCAAACCGUGAGUGCCUGGAGGACUGUGUUCCUCAUCUCUUCCGCCGUCUACUUCGUCACAGGGACAGUCUACCUCCUGUUCAUCAGUGCGGAGAAACAGCCUUGGAACGAAUAUGCUCCCUCGGCGGAAAAGGAAGAAAAGCUGGUGGUGGUGACGGAGAGGGUCGACGAAAAAGCGUAAUCGUCGGACAACUGAUUUGCCUCUUUUCCUGUUAAAUCUUCUUCUUUUUUUUUUUCCUUUUUUUCGUUACUUAUUUCCCUUCUCUUCUUCUUUUCAGUCCUAUUCUCGUUUGUUUGUUUUGCUACCUUUUUAUUUUCUUCUUCUU